UGGGUCGGGGGCGCAGGGAGGGUGGACUGUCGCUGCCGCCUCUCCGCGCCGGACUCUACGGCGCAUGUGAGGGCGAGGCCGGCCGGCCGCCGUCCUUUCCCCUCACGGUAUCUUUGCUUUCUUCCCUUACGGGGAAGCCCCACAUCCUCCCAGGCCCCAUGGGGUAACUGCAGCGACAACUGUGCCAGGGAUAAUAUGACAUGUUCAAGUUUGUCCGUGCGUUUGAGAGCGACUUUAUGCAGGUCACCAAACGGGGAAUGCUAAUUGAUGUGCACAACUGCGCCAUGAUCACGACCGUGGGCAUUGUAAACACCAACCCCUUCAACCCAAUACCAGACAUCAUGCUGCUGGCACAACCUGUCUGUGAUUGUGAAAUGCAUGUGGUGUGUGGGCAGGGCACCGAGGAACAAGAGCAAGGAGAGACAAAGACCUUAGAGGUCACCAGGCUCCUCCCCUUGAAGUUCAUAAGGAUCUCUGUUCACAACCGUGACAAACAACAGCUGCGCGUGAAGCUUGCUACUGGCCGCUCCUACUACCUGCAGCUGUGUGGCCCUCCGGACAAGCAGGAAGAGCUCUUUGGCCACUGGGAAGAGCUAAUAGACCUCCUGAGGCCCCCCGUGGAAGCUUACAGUAGCACCCAUGCCGUUCCAGCCGGGUACAGGUUCUUGUCGAUGUUUGAAGAGAUGGACAGGAGGGGCCCUGAUGCAGAACAUUUCCACGGACCAGAACGUCAGGGAGAGGUCAGCACUGGGAGCAUCCAUGUCCUGGAGGCGACUGCGGCCCUCUCUGCAGCUUCUGACGUGGGGCAGCCUACCCGACAGGACUUCCACAGAUGCACUACCAUGCCCAAAGAGGCCGCCCCGGACAAUACACCUGCAUGGCAUGUCCGAGAGUCCGCAGAAAGGGCAAAAAGAGAGGAGGUGACAGCAGAGGAGCCGGUAGCAAGGGCUGUCACGCAUGGAGCAGACGGGGUGGCAGAAGGCACCAUGGCAGGUGCUUUAAACAUGACAGCCACCAAGUCCGCCUUGAAACAGCUGAACAGAACCCUAGCAGGGGCAGCCGCUGAGUGUCCUGGAGGACGCAAAAACAACCCCACUAUUUCCAGCGUGGCCAACACGUGCCCACCUUCCGCUCCGACCUUGCGGAGGGAGCAGGCUGGGAGGCAGCCGUGCCUGUCUCCUGGCAGCACUGAGGCCCCCACAGGGAGAAGGGAGAGCACGCAGGAGGGCGCUCUCCGGAGCUCCCCACCCCGCACCCCCACCCCAGCUGCCAGCUGCCAGAGGGCAGGUGGGGACAAGAUACCCCACCAACCAGGGGACAGCACCUCAGGCAGCCUGAGAGCCCCCAGAGAGCAGGAGGAAGGCCGCCGCAGCUCCGCGCACAGCAGGCAUGACACCACCUGCAAGGAGGUCAGCCCUGCCCACGCCCCCACCGCUGAGGAGUCCAGAGCCUCUCACAAACUGGGUGGGACAAAAAGUGCACAUUCCUGGCCUGAGAUACACGGCAGGAUCGGCUCGCUGUGGCACAACAUCAAAGCCAGAGUGAGCGGCCGCACCCAGCCACAGAGAGGUGGACACCCUGGACAGGACCGGCUGGGAGACCAUCACAAAGAGGACAGCCAGGGACUGCAGGUGGCUGGGAGCAGGGCUAGGGAGGGGACCAGGGCUCAGGACAUACCCCUGCAUGUUAAAUAAAAGAUAAAUGAGAAAUACACUGAGAAUGUGGCAUGCUGCCUUCUGUCUGAAUUUCCAGGUCA